AUGGCGCUUGAUAUGGCUGGUAUCAUCAAGAUUGACAGUGUCGAUUCUCUUUACAUAUGUCUUGGCCAUUCGACUUAUGAGAAUGGAUGGGAAGACGGCAUUACUUGGACGCUAAACGGAAUGGCUGUCGAGAACAUCUUCGUUGACAUUCGUCGCGACCCCAAUCAUAAUGUCGGCCUUCUUGACCGUUACUACAUUCAGCCUGGUGGCUCACCCCAUUGGGUGGCCCGGCCCAUACAAAUUGACUUGAUCGAGGGGUCCAUCAUGUGCUGUCUUGGACACCGUUCCUUGGACUGUGGUGUCCCAGGUAUCUACACCCUCGGAAUGAUUGGCUCCGAGAUAGAGCUGGUUUAUAUUCCUCAAAUGAAUCCAUUCAGACAUGAUGCACCUCCGACUCCAACAAUACUUAAUGUCCCCACAGGAGCAUCUUGUAUUUCCUCUGCUCUGAUCACCCUUCAAAAUAACCCGGACGUUGGAAGCACGAAGCUCUUCAUUGCAGGCACGGACGGAUUUUAUCUCUUUACACCUGAAGACCAGAAGGAGAAUGUUGACUCCCUUCGUCUAGCGUCAAAAGCGGAGACGAUUUAG